AUGUUUACAAACUUACGCAGUGAUUGUAGAGUCAGUGAAAUUGCCUACACUGAGCCGUUUCCAAUGACCUCCACACCGGCUGGACAGUCCGCUGAUGAAGACCAUGGGAGGACCUCGGAGGAAGAGGAGGGGGUCACCGAGCCCAGCUUUGAGCGACAGAUUGAUGGACGAUCUCGGGCCUUUUACGUGGCCCAGGAGCUGCUGGACUCAGAGAGACUACACGUGAGCGCCCUCAAGCUCCUGCAGGAGGACUUCCGAGCCGCAGUGGGCGGGGCCGUGGGGGAGGGGGAGGAGCCUGUGCUGGGGGAGGAGAGCCGGGGGGAGAGCCUGGGGGUCCUGCCUCAGGUCUACAACCUCCACAAGAGCCUCCUGCAGGAGCUGGAGCAGCGCAUCAGUCUGUGGGAGCAGAGCCCGCGGAUGGUGGAUGUGUUCUUGUCUCACGGCGAGGACUUCCGAGUGUUCGACACCUACAUCUCUGAGUACGACCGCAGCAUGUUCCUAUUGGACGAGAGCCGCAGAAACAGCCCCGCCUUCUCCGACAUCGUCAGCGCCUUUGAGGGGGAGGGGGGGGGGGGAGGGGGGGGGGGGGGGGGGGUCUCUAGGGAGGGGCUGAAGAGGCCAGAGGGGUUGGGGGGGCCAAGGGGGCCGGGGGGGGGGCCUUUGUGA